UCUCAGAACCAACUUAACUAUCUAUGAUUUAUGAAAGAAAAGUGAGACAGUUACAUGGGAAAUCAAACAAUUACGACGUUAAUGUUGCGACUCUUGAAAAGUCAAACAUUUUCAAAAAUCAACGUAUUUCGUGUAAUCGUAUGUUGCUUGGUAUAAUAAAACGUUUAUUGCAUUAAUGUUCAGGGAAUAUGAAGAUUUAUUACCCAGAAAAAACAAAUUCCUUUCGGGCGAAGCCCUCUGUAAAUAUGAUUUUUCUUGAGGGAAUAAAUCUUCAUACAUGUAUUUCCCUCACCAUCAUGCAAUGAAUGUAUAUUGUAAAUUUUGUUCUGAAACAGAGUUACUUAUACAGGGUAUAUAUACUAGUAGCAAAGCAUGGCAUAUUGAGGCUGAUAAGUCGUGCAAUGAUAGUAAAACGUUGCAAGAUUACAUGAGACACGUUGAGCAACAGUCUCACGGUCGCAAAACAAACGCAUAAACACCAGCAAUUUAUCUUACGAUCUUUAUAAAUCGUGUAUCACUCUUGCGAGUACACAAAACGUUAUAAAACGUUCGUACUAAUGUUCGUGCGUUGCACUGCGAUAAUUUGGAUCCCAUUCGGUCGCGUCUGAAUAGUGUGAAUGUCCACUAUUUAGAGGAGACUUGAUGCGACCAGUAAAACAUAUGCAACGAAUGCGAGAGCUCGUGCAACGUAAGCGAGGGCUUGUGCAACGUAAGCGAGGGCUCGUGCAACGUAUGCGAGAGCUCGUGCGAAGCUAAACAAUUUCGAUCGCAAAGUGGUGUAAAGUUGUCGUGCGCCAAUUGUGAAAGGGGCUUAACAUCUAGCAUGCCUAGAUUGUAAAAGACAAAGCAUUUUAUCGCUGUUUCCAGUGUGUCAGCCAAAGUUUUAUAUGUCUCAUGGGUUUUUUUUAAGAGGUCAUCGUUAAAUCAUAUAACGUUUUUUGGUUGGUUUGGUUAAUAAAGCUAAUAUCAAUGCUUUAAAUAUCAUGCAUCGUGGUAAAUUAUACUCUUUACGCAACAAAAGUGUUUAUGACCAGUAGUAUAUAAAUAUUUUUGCUGUUGUUCUUUUUAUGAAUAUUUAGAUUUGUUGCUCAAACACAAUUUUUUUUUUUAAAUCUAGCAAGAUUGUUUCACAUUAACUAAACAUAAUUUACCGUGUAUUCGGUAAUUUUUGCGAUUAUUUAUUUUUCGCUACAUUGCAACUUAUUGAAUACGCAGAAAUAUCUUUUUUUUAUAAGACACAUUUAAUUGCAAAAAUGACUGAAAUUUUUUGCAAUGAAUUUUUAAAGGUAAAAAUGUUUCACAUUGACUCAUAUUCAUGGGUAUAGCACGUUUAUUUUUUUCUUUUAACUGUGAUUGAAAUACUUGGUGUAUUUAGGAGAACAUGUCUUGUAAUUUAACAUAUUAAGGUUUCCAAGCGCAUGUCAUUUUUCUGUACUGUUUAUCUUCAUGAACGUUAAAUUCACAACUGAGUUUUUGCUAGAUUGGAGACAAUGAAUUGUAACAAGGAAGGUAAUGACGUGUCUAUACUUUUCAUCCUUCCUGCUUAAUCAGACAAAAUAAUAGAGAAACGACAUUACCAGCUAAUGUUGGUUGACUAAUGGCAGAAACGUCAGUAAAAUUGGAUUUCAGAGAAUCGGAAAACCUCUGGAAAGCGCAAGCAACAUUCGAGGCUCAAAAAAACCGUGAAUUGCGUCAUCAACAUGGGAAAGGUCCAUGUAAUGUCUUUAUAUUGGACACAUCCUCAAAUCUCGGGGAACUCGGUUUCAAACAGAUGAAGGACGUGUUUACUUCAACCAUUGAGGAAUAUGCAAAACACCCAGAGAUUGAUGAAAACGUAGCAGUCAUCGUUUGUGGGAAAGAAACCAAGUUUUUACGUUAUUUCUCAAACCAUUAUGAAGAUAUCAAAUAUUGUCUAGAUGAGGUAGAUCUUGGAGGACCGUCCCCCCUUUCUGCUGCUUUCUAUUUGUCUAACGGGUGUUUAAUGAAUGGCGCAAGCCGCUCAUAUACUGUUGGUGAGUUCAACAUUCAGCAGAGGAUAAUUCUGAUUUCAGGUGGAAGACCAACAGAUUUUACAUCAAUUGGUUCUAAAGACAAUCUCACAGUGAAGACUAAUGAAGUUUUCAAAAAUCAUUUACAAGAGUUAACGAGAGAAAUCGGAAAAGUUCAUCCUAUCUUUUGUAUUCCAGUCGGAAUAAAUCCUGAUUUGACGAUGUUAGAAUUCAUCUGUUACCAGUCACGGGGUGGAAAGAUUGUACAUUCUCAUCAAGCGAGACAAUUUGCAAAGUACUCUCAAAAUAUGAAAAUAGCGUUUAGGCUGUCAUAUACAAUGAUAAAUGACGGGAACGAUAGAGAGCGUGUUAUGACGUCACUGGUGUGUACAUUUCCUGAUGAGGAAUUUUCAGAAAUGGAUCAGGAUGACAUAUAUGAAAUAUGCUCAAAAAAGUCUUUGUAUGCGCCAAUCGAUCAUAUGAAAGAAAAGCAUUUAAUUGGUCCAGAUGUUUUGGAAGAAAGAAACCCCCUGAUGCCUCCUUUAGGCUCAAGGGUCAAACGUGGGCGGGACUGGAUUUGGAAUGAUCAAGAUGGUUACGGUCCUGGUACAGUUAUAAUCCAUUGUACAGACGUUGGCUGGUUGGGAGUGGAGUGGGAUACAGGCUUGAUGUACAAUUACCGGUACGGGACAACAUUUUCAGAGGAGAACGUGUAUGAUGUGCAAGUGUGCAAUGAACCGAGAAUUCUGGGAAUUAAAUCGAUAUCAUCAGGUUGCGAGGUCAAAAGAGGUCCAGAUUGGGAAUGGGGUGACCAAGAUGGCGGCGCGGGGAGCAUUGGGUGUGUAGUGGUUGUGUUGGUAAAUGUGGUUAUGGUGCGCUGGCAGAGUGGUAUUAAAGGUCAGUAUAGAUUUGGCUGGGAUGGAAAAUUUGACCUCAAUGUUUGCGACCCUUUCUCACCUGAGGCAGUCAGAUAUCGCGAGGAAAUGAUGAGGACCCCGGCUGCGCUGAAAUAUCCAUCCGGGGCUUCAGCCAGCCAUAAUGAGGAUUUUGAGAAGGCAUUGGAGUUAUCAAAGAAAUCAGAAGAGGAGACUUCUCCUAAUGCGACGGCGAAACCUAUCCUUCAUGUAGUUAAAGGAAAGUACUUUAGAAAUCCCUCAUUAUCGCUAGACAUUGAAACAGAUGGUCCGAAUUUUUCAUCUGCAAAUACACAGUGGUUCUGGAAAGAUGACACAGGAAAAUGGAAUCCAUAUUGUAGAGAAACGAAUGCAAAGCUCAACAAAUGCUAUAAACGUAAUCCCAAAUCAACUGCUGUUGUGAACGUCCAAAAUCAGACUUACAGAGUUGUGAUGGCCAAAAAUAUGCAGAUUAACCUGGCAACAAGAGAGACUUUUGAUGUUAAAUUGGUGAAAAACGAGUUCAGUUCCUAAAUAACUGAGAUGAAAAUAUCGUUGAUAUAAAGGAUAGAACAUGAUAAUAGUUUAUAGAUAAAAUAAGUUUGCUUAUAACAAGUUGUUUUGGAAACAAUAAAAAUUGACAUUACAUCGACAUACUUUCAACUUCGAAAUCAAAAACCUUUUUUACAUAACCUGCAAACAGAAGAAAAUAAGCUCGUUGCGUUGAACUUUUCUUGGUUUUCUUGGGAAAUACCCCUUCACACGUUUUGUAGAACGUCUAAAACUGAGAAAUUCUUCCUUUUUUACUUCAGCAAUGAAUAUAUUACAAAUAUUGAAUGUAUUUGAAGUAAAGAAAGGUAGAAUAUGUUGGCCUACGGACAGUAAGUGUUUGCAAUACCGGCCGUCUCAUUUUCAACAAUGAGAUAUUUGAGAAUUUAGACACGUGUUAGAGAUUUUUUAACUACAUUUGUAAAGAUUGAAAUUGAUAUAUGUUUGCUUGCUUUAACGGUAAUCUAAAAGUUCAUACACAUUCAGCUAUUUCUUGGAACCACGCGAGUCAGGCUUUCAACAAAGAAUAUUUAACAAAGAUGAUAUACUAAAUUAUUCUUGUCUAUUUUGUUCCUUAGAUUUAGAUAAUGUUUGCAACUUUCUGUAUCUACACUCUGUGUACAAUAAAACAACCUGUUAUAUUCAUAC